AUGCUAUGGCUUAUGUAAGAACAUUUUGAAAACGGUCCAGCUAAUAUGGACUCAGCAGGCAUACGAUAACAUCAUCUAUUGGGCUUAUAAAUGCAUAAAAAGUAUUUAUUAAGAGAUGAGCCAUUUUUAAAUCAAACUAAUCUACAUAAUCAAUUAAAAGUCAUGGUUUCUGACAAAGGAAGAACAACUAUCUCUGGCUCAUCCUAUAUUUAGGCUUUCUUAGAAAACGUUAAGCAAUUAUAAAAUUUGAAACCAAGAUAGAUUAAUAGUUUGAGAUAAAUAAACAGAGGUAUGCCUAAGAUUAAGAUACACAAUAGAAUACUAGAAGAGGCUGAAAAGCUUGAAAAUAUUUUGCCAGGAAAUUUCUAGCCAAUUUACUUAUAAUCUUUCCUUUAGAGUGAAAAAGAUUAGAUAAAUCUCUUUAGCUGCAAGCUCUUGAAAGAUAUGGAAGCAUACUUGCAAACAUAUUAAUCAGAAUUCCUUUUUUGGAAGGAUGUUCAUAGACAUUUCAAAACAAUGGGCAUUUAUGAUAAAAUGGCAGAAUCAGUUGAUAUGCCUUUGAAUAAGUUCUAUGGGCUUGGAUUCCAUAAUGCCUAUUAUGUCUCAUGCGGAUUGCUGGCUAUGAGAGAUAUUCAUCCGCCUGACCAUCAUAUUCUGAGUAAAUUCAACUAUAGUGACUGGGAUCAAAUUGAACGCGUUUGGAUGACACAUUAAAUAGGAGUUUGGAACAAAUGGGUAUUUGAUGUUAAGAAUACUAGAGUAUUCAAGUUUUUAUUAAAUAAGACUGAUUCAAAGAUUGAGUGUAUAAUGUAAGAAAUCAAUAUCGAUUUAUAUCAAUAUAGGAACUCUGGAAUUGACAGUGAUCUUUGCUAAAAUCAAGAAUAGUAUUUCAUAGCUUUCUCUCAUGAUAGCGAUCUAUAACCUAUUGCCUUCCUAUUUGAUUUAGAGUAAUAAUGGGAACUUGGAGCUUAUGCAGGAAUCUUUAUUAUUGAGUUACAUUUAGAAGAGGAGAAACUGAAUAAAGGUGAUUGUGUGGAUCCAAAUGUCCUAAUUAACUCGAACCAUCUUGAGAAAUCAUCAGAUGAUUGCUUCCAUGUGAAAGUGUAUUUCAAUGAAAAGUAGUUAUUUAGUGAACUUGCGUACUGUGAUUAUAAGACAAAAAAAUGUCCAUAUAGUAAAUUCAAAAGGGACCUUAUGAGCAAAUUAAUGAUUGAUGAGAUUGAUUCUACAGAGAUCUGUUAUGAGCCAUUUACAACUGAUAGACACAGAAGGCAUAGGGUUCACUUAAUGUGA